GACGUAGUGUAAAGCGUGUUCGUAUGGCUGCCGGCUGGAGAGGGUGAUCUGUGACAGUUUAUUUUGUUUUUAUUAUAAAACUAAAAGUUUUGAGUGUGGUUAAUAACACGGUUUAAGCUCUGUGGCUAAACUAUCUUGUAGUUCAUUAUCAAGUGUAGAUAAAAGUCUGUUGCUGAAAUUGUGCAUUUAUAUAAUUUUUUGUGUAUAAUUCACGAAAACGUGAUCUGCCAGACUUGUGUUCCUGUUCCAGAAACAUCACAGUUGUAUCUCUCAGUCUCAGAAUUUCAACCAAUUUGUAAGAAUUUCCCUCCAGUUCUCCUUUGUUGUCCAUUCUCAGAAAGCCAUGACUGGCCAUCCGCAGACUGAUUUGGGGCUCUACAAGCCCCCUCAGACAGUCCGGGGCAUGACAGAACUGGACCGCGCAGCUUUCAGUCAAACAGUCAGUGUUCCUGCCAUACGGAUACCAACCCAAGUUCUCAACAAAGUGGUCAAGGGUUUGAAGAAAGUGGCACUACAGAGGCCAGGACUCAAACGGGUUGUCGAGGACCACAGUGAAGAUGGAAAUACAUACAGUAGUAAAGGAGAACAUCGGCUGCUGCUUUUGGACCCAAACAACAUUACAUAUGCAGAUUCAUUUGGCAGCGAGGAGGCAGAAGCUCUGAAAGCAUAUGGGGUGCCUCAGGAGAUCCAUAAGUACCAACUGAAACUCACCUAUGAGAACCUUAAGAGUGAAGAGAUACUGCGAGCUGUACUUCCUGAAGGACAGGAUGUAACAUCAGGAUUUAGUAGAGUGGGCCACAUCGCCCACAUGAACCUGAGAGACCACCAGCUCCCCUACAGAAAACUAAUUGGUCAAGUAAUCAUAGAUAAGAACCCCGGCAUUACGUGUGUGGUCAACAAGACCAACACCAUUGAUUCCACUUACAGGAACUUCCAAAUGGAGGUUUUGGCAGGAGAGAGUAACAUGGUGGCAAAAGUACGCGAGAAUGGCGUAUUGUACGAGUUUGAUUUCUCUCUGGUGUACUGGAACCCUCGACUAAGCACUGAACACGAGCGUAUCGUUUCCCUUCUUCAGCGUGGUGAUACCGUAGUGGAUGUUUUCGCCGGGGUCGGUCCAUUCGCGAUCCCAGCAGCCCGUCGAGGCUGCGAGGUCCUCGCUAACGACUUGAACCCGGAGUCCUUCCGUUGGCUCCAGCACAAUGCUAAACUCAACAAGGUUGACCGAAAAAUAACAUCAUUUAACAUGGAUGGACGAGACUUCAUCCGAGGACCUGUACAGGAGCGCCUGCCUGCUCUAAUGAAGGGAUCACAAAAGAUUCAUGUGGUGAUGAACCUUCCCGCACUGGCUCUAGAGUUCCUUGAUGCUUUCAGAGGUCUGCUGGGCCCAGAGCCAGACCAGAGUCUUUCCUGUCUGGACGACAACCUGCCACAGGUGCAUUGCUACGGGUUCUCCAAAGAAGAUGACACUCAGAGGGAUGUAGUGGAGCGGGCCGAGGCGAGUUUAAAGAUUUCCCUGCAAGGACAGUGUCCUGUGCACCUGGUGAGGAAUGUGGCACCCAAUAAGGAGAUGAUGUGUGUGAGUUUUACCUUACCGAGAGGGGUCCUGUACAGCACACACACUCAAAACAGAGAUAUUUCAGAGGAGCCAUGUCCUAAGAAACAGAAGUGUGAGGAUCUGACAGACUGAAUUCACUCUGUGGUUGAAUGUUAAUAUGUUUUAGUUUUUUGUUCUUUUAAUUUUUUUAAAUAAAUUAUCAUUCAAUGUG